AAUACACAUGAAUGUUGAAUAUUUGAAUAGCAAGCAAAAAGAGAAAUGUCAAACUGUUGUCAUGGCUACACAAAGUGAUAUUUCUAUUGAAGAAAUACGUGAAUAUUUAAUAAAAAGUGGUGGAAAAGUGUCAAAUCGUGAACUAGUGAAACAUUUUAAAAAGUAUUUAACACAUCCUGAUUCAAAAGAAGAUGCAAGAGUGAAAUUCAAAGAAUACGUAAACCAAUUAGCCACAACGAAAACUGAAGACAACGAACGUUAUGUAAUUAUUCGUAAACGUUACAUAGCAUCAUCAAAUCCACCUUUAUCUCCGUCACCUACUGGAAGUAUUGCUUCGCCAUCUCGUCAACCACCUCCAUAUCGUCCACCCCCUGAUGUUAAAUCUCCCACACAUUCAGUGGAUUCAUUUCGAGAUGAUGCUUCCCUUGAUAAUGUAUCCCAAUGUUCUGAAUAUUCCUUGAGGUCAAACAUGACUUGCGAUUCAUUUGCUUUGGGAUCUGGUGAUGGACCACCACAAGUACCGCCUCGGCGUAAAAGUCAAGAUAAGUUGAAAACAGCCCUCUUUCCAGUCGAUAAUGUAGAAAAUGUAAACAAUAAUCAACGAAAUGAAGAGGAUGCAAAUAAUAAUUCUAGUGAAGAUGUUGUAAAAUCUGUGGAGUCAAGUGAUAACGAACAAAAAGUAAGCGUGCGUGAACGUACUCAAAAAUUUAAUCGUUUGGCAUCUGAAACUGAUGUGAAACCCACUGUGGUAUCACCAUCUUCGAUAAAUAAGAAAUCUUCGAAAACAGAAAAGGGACCUACAGAUGAAGAUGAUGGCGCUUCUGUUACCUCUCUGGAUUCAACAAAAACUCGUGAAUGGGUUGUGAAGGCAGCUAAAGGAGACUAUCAAGGAUUAGCAAAAUUAGUGUCGGAAAAUCCCCGUCUAGUGCGCUAUAAGGACUGUUUUGCGGGCAAUACUGCAUUACAUUGGGCUGCAAAACAUGGAAAUGAAAACAUUGUGAAACUAUUGGCUGGCACCUAUCACGCAGAUGUUAAUGCACGUACGAAUGGGGGUUAUACGCCGUUACACAUCGCAAUGCAAUUUGGACAUACUAACAUCUACGAAUUACUUCUUACCGUUUAUAAAGCUGAUCCACAAAUACACGAUUGGAGUGGUCGUAAAGCAUUAGGCUACGUACAAACAAAAAAUCAAUCAGUAAGCAAUGAAACCUUUCGAAAAAUUAAGGCUCGGCGAAAACAAUCAGAAAAAGACACGAGUUUUCUUCGAAUAGGUUCAUUGAAUGUACGUGUGAAGAAAACAACUGAAGCUUUUAGUAAUUUUCUGGGUGUUGGAAGCGGUGGUACGAAUUAUCCAUCUUAUCAUGGUCAAGGAACUGGUAAAGUUCACAAAUCGUGGGGAUCAGCAGAUAAUCUCCCUGAGAAAGCUAUGCGUCCUCCGAAGUAUGCUCCAGUGAAGAAACGAAAAUCAAAAAGACCUCAAGAUUUUACUGUUAGUCACAGUACACCUGGUACACCAAAUCAAGCACGAGCUGUAACUCAAAAAACGCGUUCAAUGUCACGCGCAGAUUCCGAUUCUGACACUGCAUAUGGAUUUGAUUCAAACUGGCAAACUACUUUAGAUCAAUAGUUAAUUCACGCUUUGUUUUUAUUU